AUGGAAUCCCUUUGCUUUUUGCGAAAUUCUGUAAUACCGCGUCCGUGCCGAACUUCUAAAAACAUUCUGGAGGCAUUACAACUUCCACCAGCAUCUCCACAUCAGGCCAGUAACUCCUCCCAACUGUUUACUUCUCCAUUGCACACGCCGUUAGCAUCAUCCUCACAGCCGAGCUCGGAGCUGUUCAUAUCCCUACCAUCUACAUCGCCUCCUUUACAGAUAUUUUCGACGUUGCCAUCGCCAUCACCGCAGCUGUCAUUAGCAUCGCCACUGAUUUCACCACUGCCAACAUCGCCACAGCAGCCGUUGCCAUUGGCAUCGCAGCUGACGUCGCCACUGCCAACAUCGCUUCAGCAAACAUCAAGCAACUCGCAAGCGCCCUCAUCAUCGCGCACUGCACAGACAUCUCGCAAGCGCACAAGAAAUAUUACAGCUGCAAGCGAAGUUGAUCUAGAUGCGGUGUUUCUGGAAUCAGCGGAGCAUUUUAAAAAGGCUUGUAAAGCCAUAGAGGAGAAGGAGAGCAGUGGUAAUGAGGCGGUGCACUCGUUUACUAAAAUGAUUGAGGCUACAAUUGCCAAAAUGAGUUCUGUAAAACAAAGUCUAGCAAUGGAGCGAGUGACAGCGGUCGUGAUGGCGUUACAGCGCGAAGAAGAGGCAGAAAUGAGUCACCUUUGUACAGUGGUCUUUUUACAACAGUCGCAGUGUUUUUCAUAGACAAUUCAUAGAGAAAAGUAAAGCUCAUUAUCUAACCAAAACCAUAUAAAUUUCACUUUCAAACUUUGUGUAAAAAUUAGA